AUGGUAGCAGGGCGUGUUGCCUGUGGUCAGAGAAGUGGGACAGUCAUGCCACCCGGGGAGGGCACCGAGAGCUCUACCCAGGAGGCGCUGGGGCAGCCGUUUACCCAGGAGAUGCUUCCAGCCAUUAAAUUCGAGAGUGCCCAACAUAGCAUGACGAAGUCUGAGCCCGCCAUCAAGGUGGGUGGACACAGAGCUCGAGGUCAGUGGCAUGAGUCCACCGAAGCUGUUGAACUUGAAAAUUUUAGUAUAAACUACAAGAAUGAGAGAAAUUUCAGCAAACACCCCCAGCACAAAGUAUUUCAGGAGAUCUUUACAGCCCUGGUGAAAAAUAGACUCAUAUGCAGAGAGUGGAUUAACCGAGCCCCAUCUAUUCAUUUUCUGAGAGUGUUAAUCUGUCUGAGACUAUUAAUGAGGGAUCCGUGCUAUCAGGAAAUACUCCAUAACCUGGGUGGGAUCGAAAACCUCGCUCAGUACAUGGAGAUGGUGGCGAACGAGUACCUGGGCUACGGCGACGAGCAGCACAGCGUGGACAAGCUGGUCAACAUGACAUAUAUUUUUCAGAAGCUGGCUGCUGUCAAAGCCCAGAGAGAAUGGGUCACUGCAAGUGGAGCCCACAAGACAUUAGUCAACUUACUUGGUGCCCGAGACACGAAUGUCCUCCUGGGGGCUCUGCUGGCGCUGGCUAGUUUAGCGGAGAGUCCGGAAUGUAGGGAGAAGAUCAGUGAACUCAACAUUGUCGAAAACCUGCUGAUGAUUUUACAUGAAUAUGACUUGCUUUCCAAAAGACUGACCGCCGAGUUACUGCGUCUGCUGUGUGCCGAACCCCAGGUGAAGGAGCAGCUGAAGCUCUAUGAGGGGAUACCCAUCCUCCUCAGUCUGCUCCACUCCGAACACCUGAAGCUACUUUGGAGUGUCGUCUGGAUUCUGGUUCAGGUGUGUGAGGACCCUGAGACCAGUGUGGAAAUUCGCAUCUGGGGAGGCAUCAAGCAGAUCCUUCAUAUUUUACAAGGCGCACUUGCAGUGAAGACCCGCCCUGUACACCUGCUCUUUGUCAUUCCAGCCUGCUGUGCUGCCCUCACGGAACUGGUGCUCAACGACACCAAUGCCCACCAGGUGGUUCAGGAAAAUGGUGUCUACACAAUAGCAAAAUUGAUUUUACCCAACAAACAAAAGAAUGCAGCAAAAACAAAUCUAUUACAGUGUUACGCGUUCCGGGCCUUGAGGUUUCUCUUCAGUAUGGAAAGAAACAGACCACUCUUUAAAAGGCUCUUCCCUACGGACCUGUUUGAGACCUUCAUUGAUAUAGGACAUUAUGUUCGCGAUAUCAGUGCUUAUGAAGAGCUGGUGUCCAAGCUGAACUCAUUAGUGGAGGAAGAACUGAAGCAAAUUGCUGAAAAUAUUGAAAGCAUUAAUCAGAAUAAAGCUCCCUCAAAGUAUAUAGGCAACUAUGCGAUUCUGGAUCAUCUCGGAAGUGGAGCAUUUGGCUGUGUUUACAAGGUUAGAAAGUGUAGUGGCCAAAACCUCUUAGCAAUGAAAGAAGUCAACCUACAUAACCCAGCAUUUGGCAAGGAUAAAAAAGACCGAGACAGCAGUGUAAAGAACAUUGUUUCUGAAUUAACGAUAAUUAAAGAGCAGCUUUAUCAUCCAAAUAUUGUACGUUAUUACAAAACAUUUCUGGAAAAUGACAGAUUAUAUAUCGUCAUGGAACUUAUAGAAGGGGCCCCGCUUGGGGAGCAUUUCAGUUCUUUGAAGGAAAAGCAACACCGUUUUACUGAAGAAAGGCUAUGGAAAAUAUUCAUACAGCUGUGCUUGGCUCUUCGGUACCUGCACAAGGAGAAGAGGAUCGUCCACCGAGAUCUGACGCCAAACAACAUUAUGCUGGGGGAUAAGGACAAAGUGACCGUUACUGACUUUGGCCUGGCAAAGCAAAAACAAGAAAACAGUAAACUCACAUCUGUUGUUGGAACUAUCUUGUAUUCCUGUCCUGAGGUCCUCAAGAGUGAGCCGUAUGGAGAGAAGGCUGAUGUCUGGGCAGCGGGCUGCAUCCUUUACCAAAUGGCAACUCUGAAUCCUCCCUUCUACAGCACCAACAUGCUCUCUCUGGCCACUAAAAUAGUGGAGGCAGUGUACGAACCAGUGCAAGAAGGCAUCUACUCAGAAAAAGUGACAGAUACCAUCAGCAGGUGCCUCACUCCAGAUGCAGAGGCCCGCCCGGAUAUUGUGGAAGUCAGUUCUAUGAUAUCAGAUGUCAUGAUGAAAUAUUUAGACAGCUUAUGUACAUCCCAGCUGGCCUUGGAGAAGAAGCUGGAGCGGGAACGGCGGCGCACACAGAGGUACUUUAUGGAGGCCAAUCGGAACGCCGUCACGUGCCACCAUGAGCUGGCGCUACUGUCUCAAGAAACCUUUGAGAAGGCAAGCUUGAGCAGCAGCAGCAGCGGAGCAGCCAGCCUGAGGAGCGAGCUUUCCGAAAGCGCAGACCUGCCCCCCGAAGGCUUCCAGCCCCCCUGUGGGACAGACGAAGACAGGGCCUGUGAGGAAAUGCUGUCGGAUGCUAACUUCAACUUGGACAACCUUGAGAAAGACAUCUGUUCCGAGUUGGAGGAUGAGCUGGACGUGUCGGAUAACUCCAGCAGCUCCAGUUCGAGCCCCCUGAAAGAGUCGACGUUCACCAUUUUAAAGAGAAGUUUUAGUGCUUCCGUGGGAGAAAGGCAGUGCCAAACAAGGGACUUCACUGGUGGAAUUGGAUCAAGACCAAGGCCAGCUUUGCUGCCUUUUGACCUGCUUCUGAAAGUGCCACCCCUCAUGCUCAGGGCCCACGUUAAGGAGCUAGACACCGAGUUAGUGACAGGGUGGCAGUCCCAUAGCCUUCCCGCUGUGAUUCUUCGCAAUCUCAAAGAUCAUGGGCCACAGAUGAGCACAGUCUUGUGGCAAGCCUCUGCGGGGAUCGCUGUGUCCCAGAGGAAAGUGCGGCAGAUCAGUGACCCUAUCCAGCAGAUCUUAAUUCAGCUACACAAAAUCAUCUAUAUCACGCAGCUUCCUCCAGCCUUGCAUCACAAUUUGAAAAGAAGGGUUAUAGAAAGAUUCAAGAAAUCCCUCUUCAGCCAGCAGAGUAACCCUUGCAAUUUGAAAUCUGAAAUUAAAAAGUUAUCUCAGGGAUCUCCAGAACCAAUUGAACCCAACUUUUUUACAGCAGAUUAUCAUUCAUUGCAUCAUUCAUCUGGUGGAAAAAUCCUGUCCCCAAAUGACCCAACAGGUUUAUUCAGCAGCUUCGACUUGGAGGAAGGAAUAACAUACGAACAGAUGCAGACGGUGAUUGAAGAAGUCCUCGAGGAAAGUGGCUAUUACAAUUUUACUUCUCACAGGUACCACUCCUAUCCAUGGGGGACCAAAAGUCACCCAGGCAAAAGAUGAAGGCAGUGCCUUGCACUGGACUUGGUUUUCCCCAGUGACGUUCAAGCUCUGGAUUCAGCUACCAUCGAAGGAUGCCCGAAGGUUCAGCUGCUGAUAACGGGUGUGGAGGAGGAAAAACCAGGAUGCCGUGGUGCAUGUGGGACCUUUUUCUGGGUUUCUGAAGUCCUAGGCAAUAUGGCAGCUGCUGUACCUGGGGGCUGUUUCCCCAGGAGGCGUUGCCUAGGAAAAGAUGCCGCCCAGUUCCUCUCUGGGAGGAAUGCCCACUCCUCACAGGACUCUUUCAAGUUAAAAAAAAAAAGGGAAAAGAAACUUGUUAUAUUUUCAAAAGAAUAUUUUAUACUCAGGUUUACUAAAACUUUGUUUAAAGGCAUUUAGCCUUUUUAUGUAUAAAAUAGUUUUAAGUAAAGAAAAUUAAAUGACCCAGAGUACUAUAUUGGGUGAUUCACUGUAUCCCCCCAAUUUUUCUUUUAAGUCUUAAAAAGAAAUUGAACAUAUGCAAUAAAUUUUUCUUUCUUUCAAAUGAAAGGAUUGGCUCUCUUAACCACUUGGGUGCUAGUGGUUUGAACUGUGAUACAGUGUAGACAGUAUUUAUAACCUUGCACAGCCUCUGGAAAUAACUGUCAUAGAGUCAUAUUUAACUUGGACUAAUACACUAGGUGGAUGUACAGUGUGUGUAUAUAUGCAUAUAUAUGUAUAUAAAUAUAUGGAUGGGAGGUUUUAAUUAGACUACUGCUUUGCUGCUAAUCAAACUUAUAGUAUUUAUAGAGCACUUUGACGAGUUCAUAGAACCUACAAAAGAGAUGCAAUAUUCCUUAUUCUAAGUCCCUCCCUACUUAUAUGACUGACAUUGUUAUAAA